UUGAGCUCUUCUUUCACUCUCCUUGAGGAAGCGCGCGGAACUCGAGACCCUCUUCUACCCAUGUACCGAAGACACCGGUCCUGCGAGCGAGCUCGUUUCGUUUCCUGAUCUCGGGAGCUGCUCAGCUCUGGAUCUUGGCCCCUAGGAUGCGUGUCUUGACUCCUGGGCUCGUGAGGAGACUGCAGCAGUAGUCUGGUCAUGGCGUUUCCUCAAGGAUACCUGUAUCAUUCGUCUCUGUCUCUGUACUCGUGUCCUCCGUACGGCUCCAGCGCGAUCACGGGACCGCGCACGGAUGAUCUGGGACGCUCCUCCAGCGGAUCUGCGUUCGCCCCGUACGCGUCCCCAGCCUUCAGCUCACUCCGGUACAGUCCCGAACCCACAGCCCCCUUCACUUCCUACGGGGGCUCCCCAUAUGACCCUUCUCCAGGCAUGACCGGCUCUGUGGGCUAUCACCCGUACGCCGGUCCCCUGGGCCCGUACCCGUUCGGAGACCCCGCUUACCGGAAGAACGCCACUCGAGACGCCACCGCCACCCUGAAGGCCUGGCUCGGCGAACACCGGAAGAACCCUUACCCCACCAAAGGAGAGAAGAUCAUGCUGGCCAUAAUCACCAAGAUGACCCUCACCCAGGUGUCCACCUGGUUCGCCAACGCGCGCAGGAGACUCAAAAAAGAGAAUAAGAUGACGUGGACGCCACGGAACCGGAGCGAGGAUGAAGAUGAGGAGGACAGCAUUGAUUUAGAGAAAACCGACGAGGACGACGAGCCGCUCAAAACAGCCGAGACAGAUCGAGCACAGACGACCGAAGAUUCAGGGUGUUAUCAUUUGAUCGCAGUGGUCGAGGACUGCACGGAAAGCCGCACGGAGGAUCCGGACGCGACGGACAGCGUCAUCAUCGACGGUGGAGAAGAAGAGGAGCAUCGGACAGAGUCUCCGGUGCCCACGACCUCCUCUCCCCGAGACGAGCAGAGCGGAACCGAGAAGCCCCUCCGUGAGAGCCGCGAUCCCGCAUCUGUCGUUCCCUCCGCGAACCCGACCCCCAAACCCAAACUCUGGUCUCUGGCCGAGAUCGCCACGUCGGAUAAGAGGAGCGACGAAGCGUCACGGCCGUCAGGGGCGUCCUCGCCCGCCGGGUUUCCCCCCAGACACUUCUACUACACAUCUCCUUUCUACGCGGGCUUCACGAACUAUGGCGCGCUCGGACACCUGCAGGGUUCGAGCCCGGCGCACCUGAGCGGAAUUAAGCAGACUGUGUUCCCCAGAGCGAGAGACAGCAGACUGACCCUGGACCUGUGCAGAGAGCUCACCUCCCGGAGCCCGAAUGUUUAGAGCUUCUAUUCACUUCCUCUUCAUUGAAAUGUUGGACGAAUAGCAAAUGAAAAGCGUUCUUCUGAGCUUUCCACGAAGCAUAAACCUUUUUUAUUAUUAUUAUUAUUAUAGGCCUAUAUUUAAAAGAGAACAUUCUCUUCUUAACACAUCUAUCGUUUAUUGUGAGAUAGCAUAUUUGUGCAAGAGGCCAAAGCACUCAUUUAAAACAUUUGUUUUGCAAUUCCUAUCAUCUGUUAAUAUUAUUUCAGUCGUCCUUGUAAUAACUGAUCUUCACUCAUAUUGAUCAUCUGUGCCAUCUUUGCUGUCUGCUUGGACCAUUUUGGAUCUUCAAGCAAAUUUGGCAAUGCAUAUUCUAGAAUCAGUGUGGGCAGUAAAUCAUGCACGUUAAACUUAAAAAACAAAAGACAUAAAUCACACCCAUUUUAUUAAGAAAUGUUGAAAUAGAUAUGAGAGUUUUAUAUGCUUUAAGAGGAACUAUAUGAGGGUUGCUAUCAGAAAUGUUCUGCCUGGUCUGAAGACAUCAGUCAAGAAAAUGUAGUUUCUGCAAUGUUAUCGCAUCCAAGAGAUUCUUUAGACGUAUUUUGACCCAUUAUGGAUUAUUCUAUCAUCUGUUGUUUGCAGAAUGGUGUGCAGUGCCUUCCUGAUUUGCUCCUAACUGUGCUACACCUACAUGGACUCAAUAACUGUAACACUCGCCUCCUGGCCAUAAUACGGCGGAUAAAUUGUAAAUUUAAAUAGCACAAGUCAACAUUUAUUGCAGGGGGAUUAUGGGACAGUACUCUUAAAUGGAGGAGAUAUUAAAUUUAUGCUCCAUAAAGCAUCUUCUCAUGAAAUGUGU